UUAUGUAAUCUUCAUGAAUUUGAGGGAGGUUUGAAAAAUAUAAAAUGCCAAGUACAUAGAAUCUACAAUCUACAUCGAUAAAGCCGCACAAAUGAUUAGAACAACCGCACAAGUCGAUGUGGGAGACUUUAAAAUUUAAUCCCACUUCUUAUUUUAAGCAAUUAAGUCCUAAAAUCCUGCAUGAAUUUAGCAGCUGGAUUGAGCCACAAGUUUGCAGCUGAGUUCCCAUUCAUAAUUUAGAGCACAAAAGCAUAUAUAUCUUAGCUGUUCACGCGUCUAUUUUUAGUGCUUUAUAUUCCCCAAUUCUCAAUCUUCUCUCUCCCCUCAUAUCUACUUUGUGUGAAAGUGAGAGAGAGUUGGCUUUGAGAUUUGGUAACAUGGCUGUACAUAGUGAUCCUCAUGCAGCAGAGGUUGCAUCUGAAGCUAUUCUAGAGAACGUGUGGGCGAGCUUUAUCGGUGUGGAUGGAGUGAAAGAAGAAGCAAAAAAGACAACAGAGUUGUCUAAACCCUGGAAAGAACUGCCUCCUCUUGAUGGGAGAGAAGGGUCAAUGGAAAUUCUAGAAAGGCUACCAAGUCUAGGUAGGUGGAUAUCAAUGGGAACUGAGGCCUGGCAAGAGCUUCUUGACAGUUGUGUUGUUCCUGGACACAAUAUGGAAGUGUCAAGCAAUGUCAAGUUAGAAGGCAAUGGGGCUACAAACUCAGAAUUUGAAGCAAAGGUUGAGAAGAGAAGGGAGAAAGUGGAAAUUAUGAAGCACUACCGCGGAGUUAGGAGGCGGCCAUGGGGUAAGUAUGCAGCAGAAAUUAGAGACUCAACAAGAAAAGGAGCUAGAGUUUGGCUUGGGACUUUUGAGACUGCAGAGGAGGCAGCUUUGGCUUAUGACAAGGCUGCUUUGAGAAUUAGAGGCUCAAAAGCCAAUCUCAACUUCCCUCUUGAAACAGUUGCAAAGGCUAUGGGGUUAGAUUGCUUCAACAUCUGCUCAUCCACAAAUGUUCCGAAUUCGCGGAAGAGAGCAUUGAGGGAGUGGGAAGAAAGUGUUGAGGCAAUGACUGAUGGAAAACCUGCAUUGAAAAGGAAGGCAAGCAUGAAAAACAUGUUGGGGGAUGAAUUUGAUGUGUUUGAGUUCCAAGACCUGGGAAGUGAAUAUUUGGACAGUUUGCUGUCUUCUUUUUGACAAAAAUCUUGUACAUGAAUGCUUCUGUCUGUCUCUAAACAUUCUUUGUAGUUGCUAGUCAAGGAGAUGCUGUAUAAGGUUUUUUUUUUCUUUCAAACUAGCCUUAGAGGAAGAGUUAGCAUAACAUCAUAUAAAUAACCAAAUUUCCCGUGUAUUUUGCAACAUUGAUCAACAUGGUGCUAAGUUAAGGUUGCAUGAUUUGUUCAGAUGGAGAGGGAGAUAAAAAGAAAAAAGUUGGAAAAUGAUAGGACAUAUCAGAACAGAUUCUAAACAGAGACAUAAAGGUUUCCGUGUAAUAGUUCAAUUCAAUUAUUGGUCAUAUCUCUCUUCUAAAGAAGAGAUGCCAUGCCAUGAUGCCAAGUUCAAAUUCGCCAUCUCUAUCUCAAGUCUAUCUAUUUUCACAUGUUCAACCAUCUUUUCAUAAUUAAAAGGUAAAAAUAAAGCAAAGCCACCCACUACAAACCGACCUUCAUUUUUUGUAAUUAAUUUUUUUUUGGUCUCCCUAUUCAAGGUCAACCCUACUAUACCUUCAACUUAUCUAAUUACUUUUUUUCCCCUUUUUUAAUAAGAAAAUUUUAAAAUGUAUUGUAGGCAUUUUACUAGUCUAAUCCUCUAUAACAAACGAGGCCAAAAAGUUUUUAUAUUGUAUACCCACCAACCAAAUGCUGGCCCGUUUGACAAGUAUACCAGGUAAAGAAUGACUGUCAAAUGUGAACAGGUUGAAGAUUGUUUGUGUUC